AGUUCUACUGAGGUGAGACUCACAAAACACUAUCUGAUGGAACCACCGACGAAACAGCUAUAUGCCCAGGAAACCUCAAGCACCAUCUCUCCACCAGAGGCCUCCCUAUGUCCACCAUAUACAUCUUUGCUAAACUCGAAAGAGAACAUCCAAGAAGAAGGAGAAGAAGCAGAUCAAGAGCACGAGACUAAGCCCGAUCUCAAAAAGGAUCUCAAGCUUGCCGGAGAGGCCUCGAAUCAUCUGUCCAAUCCAGAGCUCAAUCUCAUUGAUUGUUUGAACAUGACUUCAUCAGAAACUCCACAAGAAUCUAAUGCAGAACCAAGAGUUUUUUCAUGCAACUAUUGUCAAAGAAAAUUUUAUUGCUCACAAGCAUUAGGGGGACACCAAAAUGCCCACAAGAGAGAGAGGACUCUUGCGAAACGAGGACAGAUAUUCGUGGCACCCUUCAUGGCUGCGGCCGCGGCUUUUGGGCACCACCACCACUACUCUAACAUGGCUUCUCUUCCUCUUCAUGGUGGCUAUCAUAAGUCUCUUGGAAUCCAAGCUCAUUCAAUGAUCCAUAAACCUGUGCAUAAGAGUUUGUAUGGACAUACUGGAUGGCUGAGACCUUCUAUAGACCAACAACAGGCAAUAGGGAAACUAGAAGCACUGGAUAAUUACCCUGCAAUUGUAUCAACAGGCCGAUCCUCUCGAGGGGGUAUUGGUAGAUUUGACAUGGUUAGGACGAUAACAGCUCCUCCCACCGAUGGAGUGGUUGGUGGGCGGCUUUGGGACAGUGGUGGCCGUUUGAAGGCUAAUAAUCAAGAUGAAAUGCAAAAUCUUGACUUGUCUCUCAAGCUCUAA